UACGUUUUAAUUUAAAGUUAAAAUGAAUAGUUUUUUCCUGUGCUUUAUUAUUUAAGAUUAUUCUGUUAAAUGUUUUCUGAAAUGGAGCUAUCAACAUUAAUUUUACCCCAGAAUAUUUGCCGAACUUGUCUUGCUGAAUCAGAUUCCUCGACGUUUAUGAGUGUACAAGAUUUAAUUGAACAUGAGAUGAACAAAAUUAAACUGAUAGAUAUAUUAAUAUUUUUAAAUUGUGUAGAAAAUAACGAUGAGGAAAACUGGCCUCAAGGGAUGUGUUCAUCUUGUGUUUGCACUGCUCUGCUGUCUUACAACUUUAAAAUUAAUUGUUUAAAAGCUAAUAUGACUUUAUCGCAAUUAUUUACUGUUCAAGCUAGCACUUCAAGCCUACAACAUUCCGACAUGGAUUCUAUUGAUAUAAAUGUUGUUUAUCAGGAUCAUGAGUACGAUACGCCGCUAUUUACAAAUCACCCAGUUCUUGAUUUUGAAAAUGUUUCAGUUAACAAAGAAUUAACACCUUUACCUCCCGUGACUGAAAUAACAUCGACUGAGCAUCCACCGCGGAAAGAAGGCGAUAAAAAAUACUCUUGCACUCUGUGCCCUAAAUCGUUUACGAGAAUUUACGGAUUACGUUACCACAUGGCGAAGCACAGGGGAAUUCUUAGAUUCCUUUGCCCAAAAUGUGGUAAACGCUUUCACACAGCUAAUGGCUUGAGGCAGCACUUAUUGUCACAUAAAGAAAUUCCACAAUUUAAGUGUGGAUUUUGCAAUAAGACAUAUAGAUCGCGACAAUCUUUAAAGGGACAUUUUAGAGUUGCUCAUUCAAGUAAUCAGAAAUCAUUUGUUUGUGUUACAUGUGAUAAAAAAUUUAGUGCUAAAUCCAGUUUAAUGAAGCACAUUAAAAUUCAUAAUGGAAUCAAGGAGUAUCCUUGCCCCGACUGUCCAAAAACAUAUACUCGAGCAUCUUACUUGCGAGUUCAUAGCUUGGUACAUACAGGCCAAGAGCGCCCACGGCCUUUUAAAUGUAAAUUCAAUGAAUGCGGUAGAAGUUUUCCAACAAAACAGUCCUUGAAAGUGCAUAUUGCUCAUACGCAUUCAUCUGAGAGACCCUACAAGUGUGAUAUUUGUUCUAAAGGUUUUCCUACAUCAUCUGGUUUAAAGGUACACAAAGAAUCACACUCAAAUGUGGAUACUAGCUGUGAAAUCUGUGGCAAAAAAUUCAUUAAUAAGAGGGUUUUGCAAAAGCAUAUGAAAGUGCAUUAUGUUAAUGAUGAUCUGAUCCUAGAAACUGUUGUUGAUUUUUUCAAUGAUUAAAUUAAGUAAAGAUAUAAUUGGCUAAGUAAUUAAAGCUUUUCUUUAUAUAUAGGCUGUUUGAAUCUUAUUGGCGGCUUAAGAUCAGCAGUGCGCUAUGCAAAUAUUUCCCCAUCCCCUUAAACCCUGUUAGACUACACCUAAUACCUAAAAUAGUGUUUUGAGCAGUGACUCAUGCAAGGUUCCAAGCUGCCAAAAUAUUUAAUAACCUAAAUUACAAUUACAAUUUUA